AGUUCACCCCACCACCACCACCAGUACCACUAACCGCGAAGCCCCGAGGGUGGGAUAUCUGGGGAGAUGUCUACUUCCUGCACGGGACCGCUUCGUUCUUAUGUCGGAGCAGUGCCGACCCCUGUCCCGGGGCUCCAGACUCUACUCCCGCCUUUCUCUGACUCCCAGGACCUCCCACCCCCGCCCGCCCUCGGGAUCGACUAGAUCCCUCCCUCUCCCCGAGGAUUCCGGCUGGAUCCCUGCCCCUGCACCGCGGAUCCUGCGCUCCCGGGCUCCGGGCCCCUGGGGAUUGCCGUGGACUCCUCUCCCCGCACCCGAUCCCUUAGGAUCCUCCGCCUGGACCGCCUUCUGGUCCCUCGAAGCCGGCCCACGGAGCCAGUGGAUCCUCAAUCCAGUCUCGUCCCGUUGCCCCCACCUCACUCCUCUAUCCCCACUGCGGGGCUCCCUGUUCUCGGCUUCCUCCUGACCCCAUCGCCUACCUCUCCCCGGGUAUCGACUGGAUCCCGGCCCCGCCCCCUGGGGCUGGGGCGAUCCCCCUCCCCCGCUGGGUGAGGCGCUGCGGGCGGGGGCUGGGCCUGCGGGACCGCGGGGGCUCAGAGGCCGCCGCCCCCUACUCGGAGCCCUGGAUGGAGGCACCACGGCCCCAGGGCUGAGCCAGAACCUGCACGGGGCGCUGCCAGCCAUCAUGCUGCCUGUGUGGUUCACCGACAACUUGGAGGCAGCCGCCACCUACGUGCAGAACCAGAGCGAGGACUGCCUGUACCUCAACCUCUACGUGCCCACUGAGGACGGUCCGCUCACAAAAAAACGUGACGAGGCGACGCUCAAUCCGCCAGACACAGAUAUCCGAGACUCUGGGAAGAAGCCCGUGAUGCUGUUUCUGCACAGCGGCUCCUACAUGGAGGGCACCGGGAACAUGUUCGAUGGCUCUGUCCUGGCCGCCUAUGGCAACGUCAUUGUAGCCACGCUCAACUACCGGCUUGGGGUGCUUGGAUUUCUCAGCACCGGGGACCAGGCUGCAAAAGGCAACUAUGGACUCCUGGACCAGAUCCAGGCCCUACGCUGGCUCAGUGAAAACAUUGCCCACUUUGGGGGUGACCCUGAGCGCAUCACCAUCUUUGGGUCUGGGGCAGGCGCAUCCUGUGUCAACCUUCUGAUCCUUUCUCACCAUUCGGAAGGGCUGUUCCAGAAAGCCAUUGCCCAGAGUGGUACUGCUAUUUCCAGCUGGUCUGUCAAUUAUCAGCCGCUCAAAUACACGCGACUACUGGCAGCAAAGGUGGGCUGUGACCGGGAGGACAGUGCUGAAGCUGUGGAGUGUCUGCGUCGGAAGCCGUCCCGGGAGCUGGUGGACCAGGACGUGCAGCCUGCCCGUUACCACAUCGCCUUUGGGCCCGUGGUGGAUGGUGAUGUUGUCCCUGAUGACCCUGAGAUCCUCAUGCAGCAAGGAGAAUUCCUAAAUUAUGACAUGCUCAUUGGCGUCAACCAAGGGGAAGGCCUCAAGUUCGUGGAGGACUCAGCAGAGAGUGAGGAUGGAGUAUCCGCCAGCGCCUUUGACUUCACAGUCUCCAACUUUGUGGACAACCUAUAUGGCUACCCAGAGGGCAAGGAUGUGCUGCGGGAGACCAUCAAGUUUAUGUACACAGACUGGGCCGACCGGGACAACGGUGAGAUGCGGCGCAAGACCCUGUUGGCGCUCUUUACUGACCACCAGUGGGUGGCACCAGCCGUGGCCACCGCCAAGCUGCAUGCUGACUACCAGUCCCCUGUCUACUUUUACACCUUCUACCACCACUGCCAGGCUGAGGGCCGGCCCGAGUGGGCAGAUGCAGCGCACGGGGAUGAGCUGCCCUACGUCUUUGGUGUGCCCAUGGUGGGUGCCACAGACCUCUUCCCCUGCAAUUUCUCUAAGAAUGAUGUCAUGCUCAGCGCCGUGGUCAUGACCUACUGGACCAACUUCGCCAAGACUGGUGACCCCAACCAGCCAGUGCCGCAGGACACCAAGUUCAUCCACACCAAGCCCAACCGCUUCGAGGAGGUGGUAUGGAGCAAGUUCAACAGCAAGGAGAAGCAGUACCUGCACAUUGGCUUGAAGCCGCGCGUGCGUGACAACUACCGUGCCAACAAGGUGGCCUUCUGGCUGGAGCUUGUGCCCCACCUGCACAACCUGCACACAGAGAUCUUUACCACCACCACGCGCUUGCCUCCCUAUGCCACGCGCUGGCCACCUCGCCCGCCCCCCGGAGCCCCAGGCACACGCAGGCCCCCACCACCUGCCACUCUGCCACCGGAGCCUGAGCCUGAGCCAGGCCCCAGGGCCUAUGAUCGCUUCCCCGGGGAUUCCCGGGACUACUCCACAGAGCUGAGCGUCACUGUGGCUGUGGGCGCCUCCCUCCUCUUCCUCAACAUCCUUGCCUUUGCCGCCCUCUACUACAAGCGGGACCGGCGGCAGGAGCUGCGGUGCAGGAGGCUCAGUCCCCCAGGCGGAUCAGGCUCCGGUGUGCCUGGUGGGGGCCCCCUGCUCCCUACCACUGGCCGAGAGCUACCACCAGAAGAGGAGCUGGUGUCAUUGCAGCUGAAACGGGGCGGUGGCGUUGGGGCGGACCCUGCUGAGGCCCUGCGCCCCGCCUGCCCACCCGACUACACCCUGGCCCUGCGCCGGGCACCGGACGACGUGCCUCUCUUGGCCCCUGGGGCCCUGACCCUGCUGCCCAGUGGCCUGGGACCACCACCUCCCCCACCGCCACCCUCCCUCCAUCCCUUUGGGCCCUUUCCCCCACCUCCCCCCACUGCUACCAGCCACAACAACACUCUACCCCACCCCCACUCCACUACCCGGGUAUAGGGGAUGGCUUGGGAGGGCCCUCCUCCCCAACCCUCCCACCGGCAGGAGUGCCACUCGGAAGACAGGGAGGAGGACUUUGCAACAGGCUUUUCUCGCCACACAUCGAGGAACAUUAGACGGACUUAGGUCCCCUCACUGGGAUGUGUGUUUUCCCGUGCAUAGAGACCCAUUUUCUUCUCUGGACCUGGGCCUUCGAACAACUGGGGGGUGUUUUGUCCCCUCCACUGGGACACCAGUCUUCAGUGUGUGGAAGUGUGGAAGGAUUUUCCCAUGUGGAGGUGUGCUUUCUACAAGGGGGUGUGUUUUCCCAUGUGCAGGGUAAGGUUUUUUUUGCCGCCCUGGACACAUGUUGGCCCCCUCAAAGAAUUUCUGCGGGGAUUUGUACCCCAGAAUCAUAUUCCCUCAUGCCUUCUCCCACCUCCUCCUGCCUCCUCUCUCUCCUCUGUCCACCCCGUGGAGGCCCUGGAAGUGGUGUGUUCAUGUACAGUGACCCUUGGCCACCAGGUAACAGGGUGGUUCUUGGGAAGUAGUGAGAAACCAGUGUCCCCUCCCUGCCGCCCAUCCCUCUGCCGUGCCCCCGCCCUCAGCCCUGGAGAAGCAUGUAUUUCCCCCUUGGCACAAGUCAGGUGGAGCACGGUCUCCCAGGUAGGCCUCGCCUUCCAUAGAUGACAGACAGAGAAUCCCUGCCAGGGGGACGGGAGAUCGUGCAUCCCUGUACCACCUGGGAACUUGUUUUCCCAGAAGUCCAGGACACACUUCUCUGAGUGCAAACAUGUUCUUGCAUGUGGAUGUAUGUUUUCCCAUGCAGAUGGUCCCUUUCUCUCCAGUACUUCCUCGCAUCCCCCAGGCCUCAGGCCCAGCACCAAAUUCCUCACACAGCAGGUAGGAAGAGUCUUCAAGCUCUUAGAAGCUGAGGGGGAUGUACAAACCCUGAGGGCAGAGCUCUGCCCCUCCCUUCCCCAGAGAUGCCAAGUUCAGGGUCAGGGGUGUGUGACCUGCCAUCCGUAGAGGCCAUGCAUGUUUGACCAAAGUCCUCAUUGAGGUCUAAGGACAGCCUUUCCCUCAGUCCUCAGACCAUUACUCAUCUGUGCCAAACUGGGUGGGUGGGUUUGCCAAGGAUUCCCCAGUCCUGGGCCACAGCAGGUAAACGUGGGAGCAGGUGGGAUACAGGAGAGGGGGAGGUGGCAGGUACAGGGGUUCUACCUGUGUCUCUUAUCCCCACCAUGUCUCAUCCCUUCCUCUGUGCCUCAGUUUCCCUUUUCCACAUGUCUCUCCCUCUUUGAAGCCAUCUCUGUGUCUCAGUGUCAGACCAGCUUCUCCCCUCAGCAGCUUGUCUCUGUCUCUGCCUCUGCCUAUCUCUUUGCCCCCCAAAGAAGGGGGAAGCCAUUCCUCUUCUUUGACCUGCCCCUUCUUCCCUCAGCUGCCAAGGCUGAGGAAAACGAGGGGUGGAGGGUGGUGGGGUGGAGAACAAGGGAGAAAGGCUUCAUGGUUGGGAAGAGAAUGAGGUCAGCUGUGCUGAGAAGCAGAUGGAGGGGGCAAUGGGUGGCAGGACAUGGGCAGACACCAGCAGGAAAAAUUUGAAAGGACAUGUGUAAGGUGACUGCCCAGAGGGGACCUGAGCCUAGAGGAAACAGAACCUCGUCAGGGACACCAGUGGAGGAGAGAAUCCUUGUCUGCUGGCAUUUUGUGGGUUGUUAGUGCCAAACUUGAGUAGGGGAUGGGUGCUGUCUUCCACUGACACCCAGAUCGAGAAUCCCUGGUCUUGGCUCCCUAGAACUUUGCCUCUUGACCAUCCCUUCUCACACCUUCAACCACUGAAACUUCAUUCUCCAUAUCCCACCCCCGCCCCCACGCCUUUCUCCUGCCUGGUCUAGUUCCUCUCCAAACAGCCAUGCCCUCUAAAUGCUAGGGACCUGGGCCCUGAACCCUAUAGACAGAUGUCCCACAAGUUGGGACAUGGGAGAGGGGCUGGGGGACCCCAUGAUUCAGCCACGGACUCCAAUGCCCAGCCCUCUCCCCAGAACAGUUCCCUGACAGUCCCAUGUCCCCACCCUUUGCAGCUCUGUACACAUUUUUAAACCUGGCAAAAGAUGA